AGCAGGAAAAAGUGAAGCAUGAUAAGAUUAGGUGAAUGUUAUUCUCAGGCUGGAAAACUACAUUAUAUAAAGAUGACUCCGGCGUUUAGCCAAAGCAUCCCUAAUCAACAAUGGGAGCAUUUAUCCCAGGCAGCAGCUGCCUGAGUCAGCUGAGUCCCGCAAAUGAAAGCUCUGGAGUAUCAGAUAGGACUGGCUGGAAUUGGUGCAUCUAAACCAUUUUUGUGCCUGAAGAUGUCGGCUUCUGAUCUUGACUCCAAAAAGCUGAGCUUUGGGGCUCCACCAUCUUUGAGGAGGCUCCCACCGUAUUCGGGGCCAAUGGAUACAAGCUCUGGAUGAUGGGUUGACUGGCUGGAACAAACACGACUUGACAGAUUCUCUCUUCAAUCCAAGAGUCGUUCAAAGAAGCUGCUGUUCAUCCAUAUUCUGUACCAGCGGAUGCACCUAAUCUGGAAAGUAUGGUGGUGUCCGUAGUAAACAUCACCGCCAAGGAAGGUUCCCGGACAGUUCUCACUUGCAAGAGCUACCGGAUGGUCUGGACUCAGGACAAUCUGAAUGAUCGCCAGCGGGUGGUUCAUUGGGAUCUCUACAGAAGCCAGCAGUCUGUGGAGAGGCUGUGCGACAUGUACUCUGCCGGGGAUCGACGGGUCUACCACACGUACAACCAGGGGCGGAUCUCCAUGCCCGAAAACGCAUUUACGGAAGGCAACUUUUCAUUGAUGGUCCAAGACGUUGCUGAGAGCGACCAAGGGAUUUAUUCCUGUAACCUCCACCACCAUUAUUGCCAUCUGUAUGAAACGGUGCAGCUGCAGCUUGAGGUCACAGAAGAAGCCGGGGAAGUCCAGAACUACUGGGAUGGAGAGAAAGUGGUGGUCGUUGCCCUGAAAGGCAGUGCGGUGAUCCUUCCUUGCAUCAACCGGAACCAGGUUUGGACCGGACGAGAUGAGGAGGAGGAUCAACAAGUUGUCCACUGGGACAGGCAGCCCCCUGGGGUGCCUCACGACCGGGCCGAUCGGCUUAUUGACCUGUAUGCUUCUGGCGAAGGCCGUUUGUACGGGCCUCUCUUCUUCCGGCAAAAGAUGAACAUCAAUGAGAAGGCCUUUGCCCUUGGUGACUUCUCCCUGAGGAUCUCAUCCUUGGAGGCCGCGGACGAAGGGAUCUACUCCUGUCACCUGCACCACCACUACUGCGGGCUCCACGAACGGAGGAUCUUCCAGGUCUCAGUGGCUGAGCCAGAACAGGAAAAUAAAGUGGUGGUGAAUCUCACACGCCCCAAUCCCCCAGCACCAGAUCCUAACUCCGGCCGGAACCACAAUGUGAUCAACGUCAUCAUCCCCGAGAGCCGGGCUCAUUUCUUCCACCAGCUGGGCUAUGUUCUGGCCACUCUCUUGCUCUUCAUCCUGCUCUUGAUCCUUGCAGUUCUCGUGACUCGCCAGCACCGCAGGAGAGGCUUUCAAUACAAUAUGAAAAAAUACGAUGAGAAGGAGCUGACUCUCAGGGAGGUUCCAUUGGAUGCAACAAAUUUGUCAAAUUACAAAAGUGAAGAUUUUAAAUUGGAUUACAAAAACAAUAUCCUGAAGGAUAAAGCUGAACAAAAUAGGAUUCUCCCUGCUAAGAAUAUUGACUUAGAUAAAGGUGAGUGGGCAGCAAGACUAGAUGGUGAUUCUUACCCCCUGUCCCCGCCCCCCUUCAAAUGUUAAAUGUCCUAUUGUUUC